AUGAAACUGCACUUCCCUAAAAUAUUAUUAUUUUUCUUUCCAUCAAAUAUAUUGUUAACAUCAUAUCAUGUACAUAGUAAAAAUAAACCACACACCACACCACAUCAUACACCAACUACUACAUCACGAGUGUUAAGCGAAUGUGACACACAAUCGACAAAUUAUAAUAAUGAUGAGGAUAUCAAAUCAGUGAAGGAAAUUUUCGAUCGACAAACGUCACAACGUUUUGAAGAAUACGAAGAACGUAUGCAAGAAAAACGCCAAAAACGUAAAGAAAAAUGUGACAAAAAUAUACAAAAAAUUAUUCAAAAAGAUAAAAGGGAAAAAUCAUUAGAAGAAAAAGUGGAAAAAUGUUGUCUUAUAUGUGGGUGUGGUCUAGGAGGUGUAGCAGCAAGUGUUGGAAUAUUUGGAACAAUUGCUGUAAAUGAGUGGACAAAAGCUGCUAUUGAGAUUGCUAAGGGAAUAGGUAUGAAUAAAGCUACAUCUGCUGGUGUUGCUAAGGGUAUAGAAGCAACAAUAGAUGGGUUAAAAGGCAUGUUAGGUUUUGGUAAUUUACGGGGUGUUGAUAUCCCAGCAAUGGUUACUGAAAAAUCGUUCAAUGAUGCAAAUCUUCUUGUACCUUCUAUUCAGAAAGCAUAUUAUAAUUCAUGCAGUCAAAUACCUACUGGAUCAGCAAAACCGCCUUUUUGUGGUGCUGUAGAAACCAAUAUGCAAAUAGUUUUUAGUUCUGCACAUAGUAUAGCAAUGGAAUCUGGAGAAUUAGCGACCAAAACAACUGCCACGCUUUCUCCUCAAUUUAUUUCUGAUGAGAUUACUUUGGCAAAAACUGCAAGUACUAAUUUGUAUAAUGUAAUUACUUACUCAGUUAUUGUAAUAAUCCUUAUCGUUCUGGUUAUGUUGAUAAUAUAUUUAGUUUUACGUUAUCGUAGAAAAAAAAAAAUGAAUAAAAAACAACAAUACACAAAAUUAUUAAAUCAAUAA